CGCAUGAAUAUUCCUCGGCAUUCACCGUACUCGCUUUCUUGUUUAGUUCUUGCUUUCUCGCAUUGUACAGUAUCACCUCAGGAUGACCGUAAUACUUACCGCAAUGUACUUGCACAUAUGACCAUAGAUGUUUCACUCAUGGAAAGGAUCUCAUCCACUCUUUCCGGUAUACUGCUUUAGAUGAGACUAUCUUGGCUUCUAUUGGCUUCUGUCAUAUCAGGGACCAUCAAGCGCAACCCAUUGAUUACGCAGCCCUUCCUCAUCCCACCCUGAGUCCAAUACCUAAGGACGUGUACAUGGUCCAAAUCUUCGCUCUCCUGGUCGGAAUCGAGACGUAUGCAUGCCCGGAUUUCGAUGCGGUUGACGGAGCACUGCAGGAUAUCGAGCACGUUCACCGAUAUCUCAGGCAUGACCUGCAUGUGCCAUCCGAUCACAUCUUUACAUUGAAAGACCAGGAUGCAACAAGACAGAACAUCUUAUCUGCAUUUCAGUCCCACCUUAUCGAUAAUACAAACAUCCACGAAGGCGAUGCGAUCAUUUUCCACUUCUCUGGUCAUGGCAGCCGCAGCCCUGCAUUGGCCCAUUAUCGAGAUGACCAGUCCAAAUGACCAGCAAAACGGCCAGCUGGAGAUGAUCAUCCCUUACGAUGAAGGGACUAUUGAUGCGGAUGGGUACGCUAUCUGUGGGAUCCCCGAUCGUACUCUCGGCGCACUGUUGGACAUGCUCGCGAUUUCGCAUAGCGAUAACAUAACGGUCGUGCUGGACUGUUGUCAUAGUGGUCAUGGGACUCGUGGCGGCAUGUCUCGCGCACCUCCUUUCAAAGCCCGUUGCCUGGAGCCUAAACGUGCCACUCCAGUUCGCGAGAAUGUAGAUCGCCAGAUAUGGGACUCAGAGCGUUUACGGGAUUCGUUAUUGCAAAAUCCUGCCCAGAGCCAGCAAAGGUUCGUGCGCGGCGGGUUCACUCAACGCCGGGCCAAGUCUCAUGUGCUGAUGGCCGCCUGUGGACAGAACGAGAGUGCGUUUGGAGGUGAGAGCGGAGGCUUGUUCACUACAUCUUGGCUCGAAGCCCUUCGAAAUGAAAAGAUCCGUCCCCGUUCAUAUGCACAGCUUUUGAAAUACGUCAAUGAGGAUCUCGAUAAACUGCGCAAGGAAUACCCUGGAUUUGUCAUCCAGCAUCCACAAUGCGAAGGUGUUACUCGCGAUCGACUUGUCUUUGAGAAGACACAGGUGGAUCCCAACGCAUUCGAUGUUGUAUGGGAGAGUAACGAUCGUUGUCGAAUCAAUGGACCGUGCCAAGUCAUGGGUGUCACCUCGGGCACUUGUCUGGAGCUUUACAACAUGAAUGACCAUCUCCAAAUCAAUCGCAUUCUUGGAACCGCUGUUGUUCGAGAGGUGUUUUCGGAUCAUUGCUUUGCUGAAGUUGCAAAAGGGACAAAAGUUACUGGAGAACACCACACCGCCCGUAUUCUCAACCAUCCCUAUCGCCUGCGCUUUGCCGUCGUAAACCAUUCCCCAGGUUCUCAAAUCGCUGACGAUAUCAAUCGGAUUAUAGACAGUGGCCUUUUCAAAAUGGAUUCAGAGUUCUAUGCAGUCUUAGAACACGUCUUGGAGCCGGAUGACGCGGAUCUUGUACUCACGAUUGACGACGUCAAUGGCGGCCGAGUCAUCAUGAAACGUCGAGAUGUGCAUCUAAGGGACCUGCUGUGUCCUCAGCUGGAUCUGAGGGAUGUCAGGACAGCGGACUUUCCCAAGAUACUGAAUGCUAUCGCGCGCUUCAACUUUUGUCUUGGUCGGGUCAACGAGUUGCAUCCUUUUGUUGGCUAUGUACAAAUGGAGUUUCAUCUUGUAGGAGAGGAUCUGGAUUUAAAUCGCUCUAUCGACGCGCGACUCACGAGGCCAAGGAUGUUGAGCCGGGAAGUGCUCUUUCGAAAUGAUGAGGCGAAAGUCAUCCAAAGUAAUAACGAUGACUACGCUUUUGUCUUGCGCAACAGCAGCUCAGCUGACUUAUUCGCUCAUGUUGUUUAUUUCGAUCCUGGCACGUAUGAAAUUACUGUCUGGUACUCCCCGUGGGAAGAAGACAAACCAACUCUGCUCUCCGAACACACACUACAGGUCGGGGCGAGCCCAGAGCACCAUCAGACGUUUCAAUUCUUCCUACCACAAGGAACUGAUAGCGACACGAGCUCUAUCAAGGUUUUUCUCAUGGAUGCGCCGACGAAAAUGACUUUUAUGGAACAGCUGCCUCAAGUGGGUCGAGACGAACAUGGGAACAGUCAUGUGGGACGCACAAGCAGGGACGCGACCAAACCUAGUGUACAUACUCCGCCACAGAAGGGCGGUUGGGAUAGUAUCACUCGCAGAAUAACGGUCACCAAACGAUAGGAUACGCUUUCUGAUCUAAGGGGUAACUUUUGCGUUCUAAGAUUUGUUCUCCGGAUAACCGAGGUAUUUGACGCAUAGUCACUGAACGUAACGCUAACGGCUUCCUUUGCUUCACCUAUAGUUAAAUUCGCAAGCAUUAGACAUGUUACUCGGUUCCUGUUCAGUCUCUUCCAUAUGCGAGCUUAUGCGACACCUUUAUUUAGCCCAUUCUCACGGAAAACUGGUGAGAAUACAACAUUAUCAUUCAAGGCAACUCUUUUUCUCGAAGGUACCUCUAGAGACGUCGAGCGCGGCAUCUUCCAAGAGUUUAUUGCACAGUGUCUUUCUAACUGCGCUGCCUUCGAUCUCCGGUGGUAUGAAAUGCAAGCUUUGAUGGCUUCUGAUAUUAUGACUUGAGUCCAACAAGUACAGAGGAAGUUGAUGAUCCUCGGUUGCUUGAGGCUCUGCUUCUUCUCCGAGGAUAUGGAAACCCAGGUAGCAUAUACGCCACUGGCCGAUGGGUAUUUCUGACAACGGACACUGUUACAAGUUCUCGCCUUUGUGCUUUCUUGAAUCUUGCCGACAUUCUGUGCUUCGGCAGAAACGCUGCUCCUCCGCGGCGCCGACACCGUACAUUUCAUCAUGGGAUACACGGCCUGCCGCAGAAGAGGUAUGUGAGAACUGUUCGGCUUGAGAUCACAAUGGCAUGAGUUUCCUUGACAGACCUGUUGCUGUUACUU